UUGGCAAUUAAAUUUUCCUGUCAUUUACUGAAGGGACUCAAAUUCUCAGACGUGUAACGUGCAGAUUCAUUUCAGGGAGUUUGGUGUGCAUUCCAGAAAGCUUGGCCUGGUCCUUUUUGACUAGUAUCUAAGUCAAAAAGCAUACUAACAUCAGCCAUUGGAGUGAUCUACCCGGAAGAUGCCAGUCAGAGCAUUACCUGAUCAAAUGAAAUACUGCAACAGAGCUCCAAAAUUGAAUGAGAGCUGAGCCUAUAUAUGUACAAAUUCCCCUGCACUUCUUGUUAUGUAAUUGGUUUCCAAGCCAUCCUUGGUAUAUCUUUGGGUUGAGAGGGAUUUGUGAAAACAAAAAAGAUUCAAUCUUUCAGAACUGAUCUUCUACAAAAAGAUUGAAUCUUUCAGAACUGAUCUUCUACAGAUGGCCAUGAUGAAGAAGCAUCAGUGUGAAACUAUUGUUCCAAGUCAUCUGUAUUAUUCAUCUGGUAAAGUUGAGAAUCCUUUUAUGGUAGCAUCACCUAGUGAGCCCAAUAAGAUUGCCAUGUUCAGUCCAGCAUAUUAUGGUGCAUCUGCCAUUGGAGGAAUUCUCAGUUGUGGGCCUACUCAUACCGCCGUUACCCCUCUAGAUGUUAUCAAAUGUAGCAUGCAGAUUGAUCCUGUAAAAUACAAAAAUAUCUCUAGUAGUUUUCGGGUAAUGAUGAGAGAGCAAGGAUUGAAGGGGUUUUCCAGGGGAUGGGCUCCAACUUUUUUGGGGUACAGUGCACAAGGGGGCUUCAAAUAUGGAUUCUAUGAGUUCUUUAAGAAAUAUUAUUCAGAUAUUGCGGGUGCAGAGUAUGCUGCAAAGUACAAGACAUUGAUCUACCUGGCAGGCUCAGCUUCUGCAGAGGUCAUUGCUGAUGUUGCUCUCUGCCCUUUUGAGGCAGUAAAAGUGAGGGUGCAGACAAAACCAGGCUUUGCCAGAGGCUUAUCUGAUGGCCUACCCAAAUUAGUCAGAUCAGAGGGACUGCUUGGUUUGUACAAGGGCAUUGGACCACUAUGGGCUCGUCAAAUACCUUACACAAUGAUGAAGUUUGCAUCAUUUGAAAAUACAGUAGAGCUGUUGUACAAGCAUGUUGUCCCUAAACCAAAGGAGCAAUGUAGUGCCCCACUUCAAGUGGGUGUAAGUUUUACAGCAGGAUAUAUUGCUGGAAUAUUGUGUGCUGUCAUUUCCCAUCCUGCAGAUAACCUUGUUUCAUUUCUUAACAAUUCUCAGGGUGCUACUGUGGCACAGGCUGUGCAAAAAAUGGGGCUAGUAGGUCUUUGCACUCGAGGUCUUCCUUUGAGAAUUCUUAUGGUUGGAUCACUUACUGGAGUACAAUGGGGAAUAUAUGAUUCCUUCAAAGUGUUUGUUGGCCUACCAACCACAGGCGGUAGUACAAACCAAACCAGCACAGAGGAAUAUAAAGAGUGAAAGCAUUAUGAUAGGGAAUUCAUUUAUUUUCUUAAACUAUUUUAAACUACAAUUGUAACCUUUUAUUUAUUAUUUUUUCCUUCAUAUCUAAUUUGAAGGAUUUAUCAUUCUUAAUCUAUUAUGAGUUGUAAUUGAUAUU